AUGAGUCCAAGCUCGACGAAGCCUCAGUUCCUUCGGUCUCUCUCGUCUACCACCGCACUUAAGCCGACGAAAGACAAGCCUCGACUUUACGUUGUCCUCUACCCCCGGAGCGCCUCGUCUACAAAUUCAUCCUUUCGCAACGCCCUCAGCUGUGACUCUUAUCACUGGUCUCUCAUUGUCGGCCCUCAAACCGCCCGGCGAACUGAUCAAGGGAUCCGCUACCAUGUAGCGCACCUCGAUCACGACACCAACCAGCACGUUUACGAAGAACAAGACAUCUCUACAAACCCCAUUGCCCAAAGUGCUCUGGUGCGUGUCGCCGUGUGCAAGGUCACGGACGAAGAGCGUCUGAAUUCCAUUCUUCGAGAUCUUCGCAUUCCCGCGGACGACUCGGCAUUCAAUUGUCUCACCUGGGUCCGCGAGGCAUUUUGCAAACUCCACGAUGAUGGAAAGUCGGUGAAGAGUUAUCUCAAUGCAGACGAUUGGCAAGCUGUGGAGACGUGCGCGCGGAAAUACUGCAAGCGGAAGAGGGAUGCGGGUAGGUUUCAAGAAGGGAAUGCCCCUGCUAACAACAACGGCGCCAAUACUGCGUGGAGUGUGGAUAAGAUCAGCACCUUCAAUUUUUGGGAAAACCGUGAGACGACGGCCUAG